AUGUCUAAGGAAUUGUUUGGUAUAAUUAAUGAGAUUGAUAAUUAUUUUGUUGAUGACUCGACAAUAACGGGAGAACAUACUUCUGGAAGUUUAUUAAAUAGAUUAUUCUCUUAUAAUAACUGUAGCAAUGAUGACCCAAAACUUACCUCUGAGUUUAUAACAUUGCUAUCUUUAUUUAAUGGUAUUGUUAGUAGUGAGAAUUUAGAUAGUGAUAAACUUGCUGAAUACGCUAUUUUAUGGUUAAGUUAUAAACUAAAUCAAAAAACACAAAAUGGAACCACUACAUUAAGCGAAUUUUAUACCAAACAUAUAGAAACAAAUCGUUGUUAUAAUGAGAAUAUAGGUGUUAAAAAUGAUGAUAAGAUUAAAAAGGAUGUUAUAAAAAAACAAAUAAUAUCGAUGAAUAUAGAUAUUAAAGAUAUAUCUAAUUUUUAUGAUGCAUUUAAAUCAUUAUGUGACAUGUAUAGUGAAUUUGAUCCAGAAGAAAAUACUGAAUGCAAGACAUGUUUAGAAAAUGCUAGAGAAUUGUUUGAAAAAUAUGAAAAACUUAAAAAUGCUUUAGAUAUUAAUAAAGGAAGUUCUUAUUAUCAACUAUUGUCUAGUUUAUCAAAUGAUUAUAAAAAUUAUGAAAAAAAAUAUAGUGUUAAAUGUAGGAAUGUCUCACCACUUGUAGCUUGUCCACGAAGUUCAGUAACAAAAAAUAUACUAAUUACAAUUGCAAUUAUAUUUGUUGCAGCAUCAAUUUUAUUGGGAGUUUCUUAUAAGUAUUCGUUAUUUGGAUUUCGGAAACGAUCUCAAAAACAACAUUUAAGAGAAAUGCUAAAAAAAUAA